AUGGUCUGGGCCCAGACUCUUGGUAGAGUUGCUUCGAAUUCUGAGAAACUAGCACUUCCUAUCAGUUCCAAGACCACUGUAGACAUGACCAGCAGUGUUGAGAAUACAGUAACUUAUGAGGAUGUAAUUGUGAACUUCACUCGGGAAGAGUGGGCUUUGCUAAAUCCUUCCCAGAAGAAGCUCUACAAAGAUGUCAUGCUGGACACCUACAGGAACCUCAGUACUAUAGGCAUGAAAGAAGUCAUACUGGAGAGAAAGCCUCCAAAUAUUAUCCAUGUAAAGCCUUUACAUAUCACCGUCAUGGUCAAAGGCAUGAAAGCAUUCAUAUUGAAAAGAAAGCCUUUGAAGUUAUUCAGUGUGUUGAAGCCUUUGCACAUCACAGUAGUCUGCAAAUACGUGAAAGAACACAACCUGUCCAGAAUCCCUAUUCAUGUAAGAUGUGGUAAAACCUUUGCAAAUUACAGUAAUCUUAAAAGCCAUGAAAGAAUUCAUAAUAGAGAGAAAUUCUAUGAAUGUAAUCAGUGUGGUAAAGUCUUUGUAAAUCACAGUCAUCUUCAAAGGCAUGAAGUCAUUCAUACUGGAGAGAAACCAUAUGAAUGUAACCAAUGUGGGCAGUCCUUCCCAUACCACAGGAGUCUUCAAAUACAUGAAAGAAUUCAUACUGGAGAGAAACCCUACAAAUGUAAUCAAUGUGAUAAAGCCUUUACAAAUCACACUGGUCUCCUAAGACAUAAAAGAACACAUAGUGGAGAGAAACCCUAUGAAUGUAACCAGUGUGGUAAAACCUUUUCACAACACUAUAAUCUCCUAAUGCAUAAAAGAACACAUACUGGAGAGAAACCAUAUGAAUGUAACCAAUGUGACAAAGCCUUUUCAUACCACAGGAGUCUUCAAAUGCAUGAAAGAAUUCAUACCGGAGAGAAACCCUACCUAUGCAAUCAAUGUGAUAAAGCCUUCUCACGGCACAGUAAUCUUCAACUGCAUAAAAGAACUCAUACUGGAGAAAAACCUUACAAAUGUAAUCAAUGUGAUAAAACCUUUUCACAACACAGUCAUCUCAGAAUGCAUGAAAGAACACAUACAGGAGAGAAACCCUAUGGAUGUAGUCAAUGUGGUAAAACGUUUGCAUGUUAUAGUCAUCUUCAAAGGCAUAAAAGAAUUCAUAAUGUAAAAAAAGCCUGUGGAUAUAUUUAAUGUAUACAUUUAAUAUACAAUGUAAGAUGAAUA